AUGAAUAAUUUUAAUAAUAAUUUACAUUCAAAUCCAAAUUCUCCACCACCAAACGAAUCUACUGAUCCAAAGAAACCAAAAAAUUAUCAUUCAAAUAUUAACUAUAAAAAUAAUGAAUGUGGGGGAAUUAUAAAUAAAAACGAUACAUUAGAGUACCCACCAUUUUAUUUUGAUAACUGCAUCUUUGAUAAUACACAAUCAUUUUCAUAUUUCGAGUCUGAUAAUCAAUAUAAUUCAAAAUUAGUAUCAGUAAAUAAUUGUAUUUUUAAUAAUAUUCAAUCUAUAUAUUUUAAAGUGUAUACAUACCAUUUUAUAAUAGAAAAUUCAAUUUUUAGUAAUAAUAUAAACUCUAUAUUAUACGGCGAUGGUGAUAAUAUAAUAAUAAAUAAAUGUAUAUUUACAAAUAAUAAAAUAAUAAAUCAAAAAGAAUCAAUUCUUUUAUUCAAUAAUAAUAAUGAUGAAAAAAUAAAAAAUAAUUAUAGAAUAAAUAUAAAUAUAAAUAAUUCUUUAUUUUUUAAUAACUCAAUUACUCGCUUAUUGGUUUCUGGUGUUAGAAAUAAAAUAGUUUUGUCUCAAUUCAAAUUAUCACUAACGAAUUGCACAAUAAAAAACAAUUAUAUAAAUUCAUUAAAAGAUAACACAAACUAUUUUUUUUCAUUAGGUUUUUUAAAAGAAAAUUGGGAAGUUACAUUUUCAGAUUCAAUCUUAGAGGGAAAUAAUUUAAAUAAUAACACAAAUGUUGGUUUUAUAAGUGUUAACAAGGAAUCUAAUAGUGGUACAAUAAUAAUGAACCAUGUUAACAUUACGAAAAAUAACCUGUACCCUUUUAUAUUCACAAACAACUCAAUUAUUAAAAUAAUGAAUAGUAACAUCGAAAACCUAAAAGGUAUUCUAAAAGGCAAUUUAAAUGGUUACAACACAGAAAUAUUAAUAAAUAAUAAUGAUAUCAAUAUUUACAACAUCAACAAUAAUAAAGAUAGAUCAAAGAGCAAAAACAAAAUUAUAAUAAUUUUUACCGUGUUACCAAUUACAAUAAUUUUUUUUUUCCUAUUAUUAGUUUUCAGAAAAAAAACAAUAUCAAUAAUAAAAAAAAUUCAAUACAAAUAUUCAAAUUUAAACGGACCAAAUUAUAAUAUUAAUAACAAUAUAGAGAUGAAUAGUCAAUUUGGUCAAGGUGAUGAUUUAACUGUAAAGAGUGAUUCCUCUGUAAAAAAAUUAAAUGAUAAUGAAUCUGCAGUUUAUGAUUCAAAUUAAUAAAUUUAUAAAAAAAUAAAAUAAAUCAAAAUAAAAAAAUUAAAUGU